UUUUCUGUUUAUUUUUAGAAGAUUGGAUUCAAUUAUUAGAUCUCAUGUUUAUUCGAUGAGUCUUCAUAAUCACAAAAUCACUACGUUUACUAUCCUGUUUUAAUUAAAAAUAGUUUAAUUAACAAAGCUACAAUAAUGAAAUGCAAUAUUCGUGAACUCGCCCAUCUAAGCGAUCAGCCCUGCAUCAUAGAAGGAAGAUUAAACUAUAAAAAAAUUACUAAUGGAGGGUACCGCAGUCAAGCAGUUUUUAAAGAGAGAUGGUUUCGACUUAUCAACAAUUACCUUUUUUAUUUCAAGAUAAGUGAGAUGGGUAAAUUUGAUACAAAAAAUCCAGCUGGAAUAUUUGUGCUGGAGAAUUCAUCAAUACAAAUGGAGCAUGGACAAAGCAUACCUUUUUCGUUUUCUAUAUCAUUUAUAGAUGAACCAGAAAAACGUCAUGUUUUCGCUGCACGUGCAGAAGACAAUGUAGUCCAAUGGGUCAUAAAGUUAAGAGAAUGCUCCUAUGAAUAUUUACGAAGUAGAUUACAUACACUGCAAUCAAAAAUAUUUUCCAUAACUGGCAAGGACCCACUUCUGCUGGUACCUAGAAACGAGGGCGCGUGUUUGUGGGCGCCGGCCGUGCCCUUCUCCACCACGCCGGCCUGCACGGUCAAUACCGUCUCGAACUCCUUCAGCUGCCAUCUUCACACAAAUGGUGCUUUCACCCUUGAGAGGAGCAAAUCGGAUGUUCAAGCGCACAAGCAUUUUAAAGCAGAGUACUCGAAAAAGACCACGUUCUAUACUGACGAUUAUCUUAAAUCGAACAAUGAAGUGAAGGAAGAUGUACCGAGUAAUAGUUUUGCACUAGAAAGAAGUAAAACGGCAGCCUUGUUUACGGGCAACGCGAAUGAAAUUGAUAUAUCCAUUUUUGACAACCGGCCGGCAUAUUCGCGAGCGGCGCCGAGUCCACCCGUUAGAAAGAAAUUGUCACCGUCCACUAGACGAGCCGAAAUAAAUUGUGAUCUAAAAUUACUUAAAGAACAAGGCAAACUUUUGGGUUCUACCGGUAUCUUAGAUGAAGCUCCCAUUCCCCCUAGAAGAAAAAUGUCUCCUAAAACAUCAGAUGUUCAUAUUACUCAAAAUAUAGCGAACACUAGUCAAUCCCAAGACACUAGUGAAGAUCUUAUUAAGUUUUAAAGUAGAAAUUUAUAAAAAUAAUGUUUAUCCCACCUGCUGAUACAUCUAUGUGGAACACACUUGCCUCAAUAUUUUUAAUAAGGUUAUAUCGUGUAAUAUUAGAGAUAAUAUUGUACUGUUUACAAAGGAUAUUUGUACUGUAUGCUCAAUACAUCAUGCAAUUAUUCACCAUAUUCAUUAUGUUACUUUGUAUUUUUUCAUGUCUAGUGGGCAUGAUGUGUAAAUGCCUGUAUGUACGAGGGUAGGUCAAAAAGUUCGCGGAAUGACGGGUAAAACGAGGAGUAAGAAAUUUUAUGAAUUUAACUCACAAUUAUUUUUGGUUUUUAAUUUAUUCUUUCUUUAGCAUAAUACAAUUAUUAAAUUUAUCAUUUCAAUAAUUGGUACCUUCGAAAGAAAAUAUUUCGUAAACAUCGUCAAAAUAGGCCAAAAUUGCACAUAGUCCAGUCAAUGAAUGCUUUAACGACGGUGUAGAGAGAAAUCCGAGGAACACAAUUUCUGACUUCAGGACUUUAUUAUUUUAGACUAGUUAGGAGGUGAACAUAGCAAAAGUCCCCGCCCUUAGCCCUAGAGCCGGCGCACUAUGAACCAAAAGCCCAAUCUAGCUGGACAAAAAGGGUCAUCGCAUAUCUUACAUUCGUUUAGCAAAAACGAUAGCUUAAUAACCAUAGGUAACGAUUCAGUCAUUAUUUUUAGCAACUAUCCUCUGAUAAUUUAGUAAUUUUAAGACGAACUUGAACAAGUGAGUAUUUUACGAUCAAAUUAUUCACU